GGCAGCAGUGGUGUGUGUCGGCGCGACCGAUGUGCACAGGCUAGAAGAGUUCUCAUGUGUGUGUGUGUGGUGCUGGCGCAUCUUGAAGGCGGUCGUCAUGUGACUGACUUGUGCGCACAUGUUCUGCCGCUAGCCACGUGGCCGCCAUUCACUCCCCGACACACGCCGGGAUCAGACCGUCGGCGCAAUGAAUGCUGCUGCAUCUUCCAUCCUGGUGCUGAUACUUCUGCUGCAGCCGACUCAAGGUGGGAACUGUUGGUCCGCCAUGGUACGCAGCGGCCGCUGCACCGAGUUGCUGAAUGAGAAGGUUAGCAAGGAGGAAUGCUGUGCGUCUGACCACGUCGCGACGGCCUGGAGUUCUGAAGACUUGGACGCUGGCACUUUGUUCUUUUGGAGAGUGUUAGGCGGAGGCGUGCCUUGCUACGCCUGCAAAGAGUCAUGCAGUGGAGUCGAGUGUGGAGAAGGUAAGAAAUGCGUGGUACGUCGAGGACGACCCAAAUGCGUUUGCUCCCCGGACUGCCGCAAAAGCCGUCACAAGGGUCCCGUGUGCGGCACCGACGGACGCUCCUACAGAAGCAUAUGUCGCCUGCGUAAGCGAGCUUGUCGCAGGAAGAGCUCUACUUUAGCUGUAGCCUACUACGGACACUGCCAAAGCUCCUGCGACAGGAUUCUAUGUCCGGCCGGAAAACAUUGCUUGCUCGACCAGAACCUGAGUCCACACUGCGUCAGAUGCGCUCAGCGCUGCCCUCCGCGCCCGUCCGCCAGCAGGCAGGUGUGCGGCACAGAUGGCGUCACCUACCAGAGCUCCUGUCACCUGCAGGAGGCCGCAUGUCACAAGGGCAAGGCCAUCCCCGCCGCCUACAAGGGACGCUGCAAACAAAUGGCGUCAUGUGGCAGUGUGCGAUGCAGGGAGCGGCAGUCUUGCCUCACUGAAAUGAACACAGGUACCCCGCGCUGUGUGACGUGUAGCUAUCGUUGUCCACGGCCACGCAGCCCAUCGGGGAUGCGGCGUGACAUGGGGGGCCCCAUCUGCGGCACAAAUAAUCGCACGUACCACUCCUGGUGCCACAUGCUCAAAGACGCGUGUGCCACGGGUUUCGUCAUUGAGACGAAAUUCUCCGGCAGCUGCGACCUGGGAGGUGCAAAACCUACUGUGGCCAAUACGGUGUUGGAUGAUGAGCCCAGCAUUGACAGAAAUGAUCUUCAUCACAGAACCAUGUAAAAAUGUGAAGUUUCCAUCUCUACUACACUACACCACUCAACAGCUGCCUGACAAUGGGAAGUGAGUAUUUGCUACUGCAAGACAAAUUUUAGGCUUUCAUGUUUAUUUGUUAUAUUUGCUGCAGUAAUAAUUCAGAUGAAUUAUGUGCAUCACUCACACUAAUAUUUUCCAGCAAUUGAGAUAUUUUAAUCUAACAGAUGAAGUAGAUCUCCACAUUUUGUUCAUCAGAAAUGUAAAAAUGUAAGUUAAUGUAUAUAUGCUUAGAUUUUCCUGAACAUUCUCAUGACCUGAGAACACAUACCCAUUAGUAAAUAAAUUUCAUGUUAGAAAUUAUGCUUAAGCAAAAACAUGAUAGGAAAAUAUGAACCUCUACUGUAAUCUGCUGCAGUAAUCAUUCUGAAAUUUGAUUUUUAAUAGCUUGAAAUUUAACUUUUAAUAGCACAGUUUAUGAAUGUCCAUAUAUAAGUGAUAUACAUUGUGGUAAAAAUGUUCAAAAUCUGGAACUUCCUCAUAUAUCAUCUCUGUUCUUAUACAUCCUGUUGAAGAUAUGAGAACCAAAUAGUAUGAACAGAAAUAGUAAGUAGGUGUAAUGCUUGAAGAUAGGAUAGGCAUGGUGGAGUUUUUUAAAAUUAGUUUAGCACACUCACAAUCAUCAUCAAUAAAAAAAUAAACCUGUUCUGGCUCCAAAAUUUAUUCAUAUCAUUUCUUUGUUCGUCUCACAAUUUAUCUUCUUCCUCUAUAACAAUAUUUCCAUGACUGUGAUGGUAUAUCCGUAUGGUGUUGCUCCAUUCUUUCAGUAUGUUAGAUCCAUUGAUUUUUAUAUUACUGAAUAUUACAGAUUAAAAUUUCCCGUUCUUCCUAAUAUCUACACUUAGUCAGUUAUGGGCCAUUUAGCCCAGACCUCUGGUGUAAGGGGGCCCAAAUAUACUCUUAUUUAAUUUAAAAAAAAUGAAGUCAUUGUCAAAUUAUGUCAAAUAAAUGUAAAUAAUGUGUAAAUUGUAAAACAGUGCAAAUUGUUUAUGUUAUAUAAUUGAAAAUCUAUUUUAAUAAUUGAUAGAAAUUUUGAAUUUUUAAAGUAUUUAUUAAAUAUAUUUAUAUGGAUUUCAGAGUGGGGUGGUGCCCCACAUUUGUGAUUGCCCUGUGCUCUAUCUCACACCUCUCAUGCUAUGUGUACAAGUCUCAAGUUUUCAAGAUCAAAUCAUGGAAAACAUAUUUCAGUUGAGAUGCACAUAUUGAUUUUUCAGUCUCAGACUUAGAAAAUCUUUACACUUGCAUGCCACCUACCCAGUGCACCAAAAAUAGCAAUGGUUGGCAACACCAACAUGAAUCACCUUCAUAACAAAAUCUCUCUCUCCCUCUCUGCCCAUGGUGAAAAAGGAUGUAGCCCAAGAAUUUAUUAUUUAAAUACAAUGAUUUAUGAAUAUUCUUCAUUGAAUAAUGACUGAUAUCAAAAUGGAUAAGCAGUACUUUUUAGUAUACUGUGAAAGAGUGACUGGCUAUAUAAAUUAUGAUUUUAGUGAAAAAGCUGGCCUAGUAGAGAAAAUUCUUUUUCCUGUUUUGAUUCUCAAAUUUUUUCCAAAUUCCCAUAUUGAACUGAAAUAGUCAUUUACACACAUUCCCAUCCCAAUCCCUACUUCUCCAGUAGUGAAUAACAUAACAACAGAUGUCAAGAAUUUUUUCACGAUUGUCAGUCCCUGAUUUUGGUCUGUCUUCUUCAUUGUCCAUGUUUCAUUUCCAUAAACUGGCACUGCCAUAAAUUUGUUUAGAAUUUGUAUAUACAUUUUCUGUUGCCUUUACUGAAUUCAAUGGUACUGAAGAGUUUAAUGGGUAUUUUAAAGCUUUUCAUAGUAAUUUUUUUACCCUUCCAAAUUUCUAAGAGCUCUUCCAAAAUUAUUGUUUUAGAUAUUACAUUAAGUCUCAGUGUAAUUAUUUUUUUAAUAUAUUGUAUAUAUUGUGGUAUUCUAUCACAGAUUUUUAAUUUUGGGCAGUUAGACAAAUUAACACACAGUGCACAGAUUUAUUUAGUUUCUUCACAAGCAAUGAAAGAAGUAACUCCUCACUAAUUGGUUAACAGCAAGCUGAAUUAAACUGAUGAUGUUGAGUGUAAUUAGUAAUAGUUGUGAAUUUUUCAUAAAUACUAUGAUCAACAAUCUAAUUUCAAUGGCUAUCAUCAAUUCCAACUUUGACUUCCUUACUUAUAUGCAUAUGUCACCUCAUCAGCUUUCUCAAUUCAGUCUUUGACACUAUAACUUGGAAUUGGCUACACAAUCAGACUCAGUCUGGGCCCUGACAAUUCCAGUUCAUUACCUCAUUCCUUAAUUCUGAGAAGAACAGCAAUUAAGUCAGCAAAAGCCAACUGACAACACCCAGAGCUGAUUGACAGCAAGUAUAAUUAGUCUGUCUUUGGCAUUUUGUCAUCAAGUCAGCUUCAUAGUUGAACAAAAUAGAGGCCAUGUUGGAUUUUUUAUUUUCAGGGUGGUAACUAUGAAGAGUAUUGUCUUCUGGAUUGUAACACCACAUAGUUUGUAAAGAACCCAACAUUUCAGAGGAUGGAGGCAGAAUGUCCCUCUAAAUUAUCGGGCUGUCUCCAGAUUACAUGAUGUUGCAACCCAGAAGACCAUACUCUUCACAGUUAACACUGAGAACCUGAAAUCCGUUAUGUCUUAUGUUAUACAUAAUUAAUUUAUGCUCUGUAAUUCUCACAUUUAUGCUGAUUAUGUUUCUUAAAUAUAUAUGUUAUUAUUGCAUUUGUUCAGUUCUACUGGAUCUUGUUAAUCUUCUUGAAUUUAUUAUGCAGUUCCAAGAACCAUUUCCUCAUUUUAUCUGAAGCACAUUUUGAAAGUUCCAUAUUAAUGACAUGUAUUCUGAUUGUCUUCUUAUUUUUUCCCCUUGGAGAUUUUUUUCUAAUUCAUAAUAUUCUAUUUAAUCAAUUCUUUCAUUUGAAGUUUCUUCAUUAUUUUCAUCAUUCCAUAGACUAGUAUAAUAUUGAUGUCAUUUUUCUGUAUGCGUAACUUUAAAAUUUAUAAUAUCGUUUCUCUUUUCCAGAUAUUUAGUAAUUUAAUGUACAUUGUUCUCUUUUCCACAUAAAUCAUCAUCCAGAUCUGCAGUAUACCUACCCCAACUUUCUCUUUAACUUUCUUCACUUGUCUUAGAGCUGUUCUUCCUUUAUAUUCAGAUUCAUUUUGUUAUUUUCCUUUCUUUUGCUAAAUUGACUUUUGUGAAUAAUAUUGAUCAACAGAAAGGCUAUUUUGUCAGUGAUGUGAAGUAAACUUAUAUAAAAUGGGGAACAGGUGUGUCUUAGUAGCAUAAGCAUAUGCUAUCCAACAUGAUUCACUUUAAACCUGUCGAGGAUGGGUGAAGAACACUGCUGCUUGUUCUAGUUGGCCUUACAUUGGAUACAAAGGAGAGAAAAUAAAAGCUAACACUGACACCCCAAAUAAUAAAACUUGAAGUAGUGUACAUACUUCUUAUAGUCAAAGCUUGUGUGGUCAAAUAGUACAUAUGAAAGGGUGUACCAUGCUAAUAUAGCUGGGAAAGCAUUCAUCAGGCACUCUGUUUGCAGAAUAAGAUUUUUAUCUGAUUUAAAAAAUAGCUCUUUCCUCUACAAGACAUAUGUAACUGAAGUGUUUACAUCAUUAUUGCACAAUUUCUGUCAUAAAUAUUUUUAGGUUUUAAUAAGAUAGUAAAAUUCCAGCCCUUAUUUAGUGAUACAACCAAAAUUCAUAUUUUGUCAAUAUAUUUGUGAAAUCAAAAUUAAUCCCACUCUGAGGAGUUCAAAUGUGCCUACACAGUCAGUUUCCAUUAUCUCGUAAAAAUAUCCAUUUGGAAGACUGAAAAGGAGAUGGGAGGAUAAUAUUAAGGUGUUUUGCAGAGCUAGGAUGUGAGGACUGAAGGUAAAUAUAAUUGACUAGGACUUUGAUAUUAAAAAUUCUGAUACUACAGUAUUUGUUCAUUAGUUAAAUACCUACAAUAAAAGUACUGGACUGCAGUAGAUUUGGAUUAUAUAUGUGAAUCCACAAUGAAUGUAUUUAUCAUUAAUGAAAUUCAAUGCUUGAACUUGCCUAUAUUUGUCUGUUCAGAUCUGUUAAUAAAUAUACAUGUAACUUCCACCAUGCAAGCUGAUUUUCAUAAGAUGCCAGUAGAAUAUAUAUAUAUAAUUUACUAAUUAAUAAGAAUAUGGAAAAUUUCUUGUAAUUAUGUGAUAAAAGAAUGCAGUAACAAUUAUUUAAGCACUAUUUACAUUAUGAAAUAUUUUAGAUGACUAGUUGGACACUCAGUGAUAUAGAAUUAGUCCUCUGGUUAUGUCAUCAUAUUUUUAUCACUUCUAAUGAUAAAAAAUGCCAUGAUUUCAGUUAUAAAUUACAUUUAUACUGAAACAAAUUGUGAACUUACAUGAGAUACUUCUGUUUCUAUAUUUCUUGCAAUGCCUACUAUCUUUGUAUCUUAUUAUAGUACAAAGGCUACAUGACACCUUCAAGUAGGGGGAUCAUACAGUUCAGUUGAAAUUAACAAAGCAUUUUCCUUUUUUUUUUGGCUCAUAUUUAAAUAUCUAAUAUAUUAUAUUUAUCACUUCAGCCACUGUUAUCCUAUACAGAAUUGAGUGAAUUAUUGUAUAACGUAGCACUGUGUACUACCUGUCUCACAGUGACAAAUGUGGUACAGUUACUUUUAUACAAUGAAACUACAAAUUAUUUUGACUUUGCUCUGUCAAUUUUUUUAUCUAAGCAGCGAAAUAAAAUAUUUUAUAAGGUAAGAACCGUUUAAUGGAAAUAAAUCAUAUAAAUAUGUUUUUGAUGUUUAUUUUCUCUGUUCUUUUGAUUAAUGGAGUCAUACACUUGUGUACUCCAAUAUUUUGUUUAAUAUUUAAUUUAAUUUAAUUUAUAGGAUGUUUUAUUGGUGUAUAAAAUGAAAGAUUUCUUGUUCUGUAGGGGAACAUACAGGUACUCCUCAAUGAAUGCCAUACUCCUGUUGCAAAACAAAAUUGUCAGUGGGUAAAACUGCGUAAGUAGAAUCAACUAGGCCAAUUUUCCCCUCAUCCCUUGUCACUCCAACAAUAGUCUAUUCUCCCUCCUCCCCUUACAUUUCUCCUUCACUGCUCACGAAGUAUUCUACUCCCUUUUCUCCCUGCCACUCUUGAUUGGCCAGCAAGCAUUCUGUAUUAAAGCAAGUGUAAUUACUUGAUACCACUCUAAAUCAGUUGAGCACAUUAAAAUAAGAUCAGAUAUUUUCACCUCACAUAUGUCAAGGAGUACCUGUACAUGUAAAAGCAGUAGAAUGGUCACAUUUCGACUCACCAAAAUGUUUGAGUGAAUUGGUUUUAAUUUUAAGUGCUGGUACAGUUUGUGGUGAGUUUACCUGUCAAUGAUCAGAGAUGCUGAAAAGGAUAUACUGAAUUGAUUUGUAUUAAUGUAUGUAUACAGGAUUUAUUUGUAAGUUUAAUAUAAAACUGUAGAAAUAUUGUAGUCUGUCCUUGCUACAUUUUCAGCAUGAAGCAUUACAUUCUUACUAUUUUAAUGUACAUAUUAGUUAUUAAGAUCUGUAUAUUUUAGUCUAAGUCAUCCCCCUCGCAAAGAAAAAAGGAGGUUUGUUUAAGUUUCUAUUAAUGAAGAUAAUUUUAUUGUUUGAGUUGUAGAAUGAAGUCAUCUUUCAGCAUACUUUCAAGCAAGUGUUAUUUUACGGGUCCAGAAUAAAGUUUGUUUGUUUUUCUUUAGUAGGCUGUGCCAGUGUGAAAAGAUGCAGUGAAGGUGCAGUCUUUAUUAAAGUAAUAUGAAUAUAUGACCAUAUAUUGUUAAAUUUUUAUAUAAGACCAGCAAAUAUAUGCUGCACAAGCAAUUGAAGUCAACUGAAUUGGGUAACUUUUAGCGUCAGAAUAAAACAUGGUGCAGGAUGAGGUAAACACAUCAAAUUAAUGAGGCCUGAAAACCUUAUAGCAUACUGUGUAUUAUUAUUAUUAUUUUUUUAUUUUUUCUCUCCUUCUGUACAUAUUAAUUUUAUGUCAGUCCUGAACGUACAUUUUUCAGUGUUGCAAAGUAGUAGGGAGGGCAGUGUAGAAUUAACAGAUAUGACCAUAUGGUAAUUAUGAAUAACACACCUCUUGACUUAAAUUAUUUGCGUUCUCAAAGACGGUAACAUACAAGUAAAAAUACAUGAGUAAACAUAAAUUAAUUUACUAAACACCAGAAAGUAGUAUAUUUGGGUGGACCAGUUCUCCUGAAAUUAUUUCUUCAUAUUCUGCAGAUUACUCAUUUCUCAGUUCUAGCAUUUUAUUCUGUAAUUUUGUGGGAUUUAAAUCUGCAUAACACAUUCACUGUCGGGUACUAUAUUUAUAUGCCACACUGUACCUCUGGGCCAAACAGCCACAGUUAACAAAUUUAAACAAGAUUUUUUAUUGCUAAAGCAAAUAUGUCUAUCAAUGUGUAUUGAAAAGUUAUAGAUAUUUUAAAGGUAUUCUGACAGCUGAAUGAUAUGUAUCUCAGUAGAGAUUAUAUACAUCUAUGACAAUCGGUGUUAUUGCAUACUGUCAGUAGCACUUGAAGAAGCGUGUUCACUUGAGCAGCAACUGCUGUCUUUGACGGUGAAUGUGUUAAUUACUUUUGCCUUUUCAGAAUCUGUGGAUAAAUUGAAAUUUAUUGUUUGUAGGUGUACAUCAAAUUUUCGGCACUUAACUCCAUUUUCCAUUGUACACAUCAUAACUUACAUUCAUAAAAGACAUGGAGCAAUAAUCAAAAUUUUUGUGUAACAUAUGGUUGGGCAACAUCAGUGAAAUUCUAACAUCUUCAUUGGAUUUCUCUACAAGAUUAGUGAUGUAAUAAAUAUGCCGCAAUUUUUUCUCAAUCAAGGGACUGUCGCCCAGCCCAAGUAACACUGCCAUAGCAAAUGAUGAAUAAGAAAAUAGCAAAAAUAAUAAUGAAUUUUGUUGUGGUGAUGAUGAAAAUAAUAAUAGUAGUAAAAUAAUGGUAACAUUAAUAACAUUAAAUAAGCUCAUUAAUCAUUAAUGAUAAUAAACAAUACAAUAAUUCAGUUUUCAUUGGUUUGAUAAUUUAUAAUUCCAUGAGUCUAUGAGAAAUAACUUGUAUCGUUAUUCCAUUUUGAUAUUCUGUAUUUAAUUAUGCAAUAUCAGUGUGUCACAGAAGUCUUGCUUGAUGUAUUUAUUCAUAUGUGCAUAAUGCAGUCUGCCUGGAAGUUGAUGCACCAUGCCACAGUUUGCAUGUGUGAUCUUGGUUGUUUCAACAUUUUGCAGUUUCUGAUGUCUAUAGAAUUCAUGCCUCUUAACUGAUGCUACAAUGUUAGAAAACAAAUAUCCAAAUCUAGACCAUGUCUUUUGUCUUAGUAUGUCAUAAUUAGAUAAUUACAUGCUUGAUGUCUCAUGCAUUAUAUUUUGUAUUACCUCUUUACCUACCAUAGACUAUGAUAAUGCUAUGGAAAUAAAAUUUCAGUGGUAUCAUGAAGCCAAAGUCUAUGUGUUCUGUUGUAUAAAUUUCAUAGAUAACCUCUCUGUUUGAUGCUAGUUGUAUGAUAGAAAACCAAUUACUAUUUGUAUAGUGAAUGUGAAAUAUUUCAUUUUAUUAUCCACAAAGAAAUCAGAAAUGUAAUGAGGUAUUAAUAAUAAAAUAAAGGAAGAUUUUUUCCUUUG